AUGUCAGACCCAGCGAACUACACCGUGGGCUGGAUCUGCGCUUUGCCCGUGGAAUACGUUGCCGCACAAGAAUUUCUCGAUGAAGAGCACGAAAAACCCAGCUUCGUGUCGCCGAAUGACACAAACGACUACACAUUAGGCAAGAUGUACGAGCACAACGUCGUCAUCGCCGUCUUGCCUGAUGGCGAAUACGGCACAGAUUCCGCGGCCAAUGUAGCCACAAACAUGCUGAACACCUUUCAUAACGUCAGGAUAGGCCUCAUGGUCGACAUCGGUGGCGGCGUGCCAAGCGAAAAGCACGACGUUCGCCUAGGCGAUGUCGUGGUCAGUGCGCCUCGUGGUGGUCAGGGUGGUGUCUUCCAGUACGACUUUGGCAAGUCAAUCCAAGGGCAAAGUUUUCAGCAUACGCGGUUCUUAAACCAGCCACCAACGACACUUCGCACUGCGAUGACGGGAAUACAGGCACAAUAUAAGAGAAAGGGACAUAAGCUUAUGGAGGCCAUCAAUAUCAUUCUCGACACGAACGCUCGGCUGCGCAGCGAGUACAAACGUCCGGAAUCUAUCACAGAUAGGCUCUUUCGGUCCGCUGUCAGUCAUGAAUCAGAUUGCGGUGCUACAUUUUGUGCAAAUGAUGCUGCAAACUUGGUUCUACGACGUGAGCGGUCUGAAAGCGAGGAUAAUCCUGCAAUUCACUAUGGCCUGAUUGCUUCUGCCAACCAGUUAAUGAAGGACGCUUUCAUUCGAGAUAAGCUAGCGGCGGAGAAAGACGUGCUCUGUUUCGAAAUGGAAGCAGCCGGGCUGAUGAACACUUUUCCUUGUUUGGUGAUCCGGGGCAUCUGUGACUACUCGGACUCGCACAAGAACAAAGAGUGGCAAGGUUAUGCAGCGAUGGUGGCAGCUGCAUACGCCAAAGAUCUUCUACAGAGGAUGCCUCUAAGCAGGAUUGAGGCUGAGGAGAGGAUCAGUGUUGUUCUAUCUGAUGUGCUGAAGAAAAAAAGAGCUCUGACGGAGCAGCAACAACGGUGUCACCAAGCUUUUAAGACAUCGAACUACGAGGAGCAAAAGGAUAUCAACCCACGCCGAGCGGAAGGAACUUGCCAAUGGGCAUUGCAGAGCGAUGAAUAUGUCCGUUGGAAAGAGAGCUGCUGCAAUGAUCUGCUCUGGGUGUCCGCCGACCCAGGUUGCGGGAAGUCUGUGCUAGCGAAAUCAAUUGUCGAUGACUCUCUGGAACUCCCUAACUCAGUGACAACAUGUUACUAUUUCUUCAAAGAUAAUGAUCAGCAGAACGGCCUUGCAGCAGCACUAUGUUCAAUGCUUCAUCAGCUUUUCACGCAGCGGCCCCAUCUUUUACCUCAUGCCAUGACCACCUGGGAAAGGAAUGGAGACGCGCUGCGACUGGAGGUUGAUGAGCUGUGGCGAAUCUUAACAGCGGCAACAUCAUCUGAUGUAUCAUGCAAGACGAUAUGUAUUUUUGAUGCACUUGAUGAAUGCCGUGAGAUUGAUCAAGAUCGAUUGAUUCAGAAGCUCCAGCUCUUCCACCGCCAGCCAUUUUCAUCAGCACAAGAUACUUGUUUGAAAUUUCUAGUCACUAGUCGUCCCUAUCACCACAUUCAGAAUUGCUUUCGAGAGACCACAAAUUCCUUUCCACAUCUACAUCUGAAGGGAGAGGAAGAGAAUGGUCAGAUCCACAAAGAAAUUGAUUUGGUCGUGAAGAUGCGAAUAAACGAGCUGGCCAACACAGCAUCGUUGUCAUGGGAUAUACAGCAGCGACUUGAGCACCAGCUUUUAAAGAUGGAACACCGGACUUGGGGGGCAUAUGAGAAGAUUCUUAGUCGAGUGCCUUCUAGCCAGAAGAGCACUGUGAAAAAGGUCUUGCAUAUCAUUGUUGGAGCGCGGCGGCCGUUGACAAUAGCAGAAAUGGCUAUAGCGCUGGGUUUGGCUCGAUCCACACCACCGCGGCCUGCAGCACAGGCUGGAAUUGAUCCACUGCAGCUAGAGAAGAAGCUGCGUCGGUUAUGCGGCCUUUUCGUUUUCGUCAAUAACUCUAAGAUCUACCUUAUUCACCAGACAGCAAGGGAAUUUCUCAUCGAAAAGGCAAAUUCGAACGAUCUCAAUUUUGCAUACUCGUGCGGCCUUAGUGAUACUGAGGACCAGAUGGCUCUUCUGUGCGUGAAGUACCUGUUAACAGUGAAGUUGGAAGGCGACGAUGAGUGUGAAUCGCCCGCUUCUCUGAGCUUUUUGGAAUAUUCGGCUGUACAUUGGGCCGAUCACGUACGACAGAUGACUUUGACUUCAGAUCAAGAAAUGACUGAUCGACUGCAUCGAUUAUAUGAUAUGCGUGGAAAGGUAUUUGCGCUAUGGUUCCGAAUAUUUUGGAAAGCAGUGAUGCCAUACGACAGAAGGCCCCGAAUGAAUACUCUGCAGCUGGCGGCUUUUAACGGUCAUGAGCAGCAAGUUAGCUCGCUACUUGCUGUUAGUAAAGGGGAUUUGAAUAUGCCAGAUGACACUGGAACAUACCCGAUCAUAUGGGCCUCACUGAAUGGACACGAUAAAGCCACACAGAUGCUGCUAGAGCGUGGAGCCGAUGUCAACGCCCAAGGUGGAUUCUACGGAAAUGCCUUCCAGGCUGCUUGUGCUGGAGGACACGACAAGAUCGCACAGAUGCUGCUAGAGCGAGGGGCCGAUGUCAACGCCCAGGGUGGAAGCUACGGAAAUGCCUUCCAGGCUGCUUGUGCCAGAGGACACGACAAGAUCGCACAGAUGCUGCUAGAGCGAGGGGCCGAUGUCAACGCCCAGGGUGGAAGCUACGGAAAUGCCUUGCAGGCUGCUUGUGAUAGAGGACACGACAAGAUCGCACAGAUGCUGCUAGAGCGAGGCGCCGAUGUCAACGCCCAGGGUGGACGCUACGGAAAUGCCUUCCAGGCUGCUUGUGCUGGAGGACACGACAAGAUCGCACAGAUGCUGCUAGAGCAAGGAGCCGAUGUCAAUGCCCAGGGUGGGGUUUACGGAAAUGCCCUCCAGGUUGCUUGUGCUAGAGUAAACGACAAGAUCGCACAGACUCUGCUAGAGCGAGGAGCCGAUGUCAACGCCCAGGGUGGAGAGUACGGAAAUGCCCUCCAGGCUGCUUGUGCUAGAGGACACAACAAAAUUACACAGAUGCUGCUAGAGCGAGGGGCCGAUGUCAACGCCCAGGGUGGACGAUUCGAAAAUGCCCUCCAGGCUGCUUGUGCUAGAGGACACGACAAGAUCGCACAGAUGCUGCUGGAGCAAGGAGCCGAUGUUAACGCCCAGGGUGGACUUUACGGAAAUGCCCUCCAGGCUGCUUGUGCCGAAGGACACGACAAGAUCGCACAGAUGCUGCUAGAGCAAGGAGCCGAUAUCAACGCCCAGGGUGGACAUUACGGAAAUUCCCUCCAGGCUGCUUGUGCCGAAGGACACGACAAGAUCGCACUGAUGCUGCUAGAGCGAGGAGCCGAUAUCAACGCCCAGGAUGGACAUUACGGAAAUGCCCUCCAGGCUGCUUGUGCUAAAGGACACGACAAGAUCGCACAGAUGCUGCUAGAGCGUGGAGCCGAUGUCAACGCCCAAGGUGGAUUCUACGGAAAUGCCUUCCAGGCUGCUUGUGCUAGAGGACACGACAAGAUCACACAGAUGCUGCUAGAGCGUAGAGCCGAUGUCAACGCCCAAGGUGGAUUCUACGGAAAUGCCUUCCAGGCUGCUUGUGCUAGAGGACACGACAAGAUCGCACAGACUCUGCUAGAGCGAGGAGCCGAUGUCAACGCCCAGGGUGGAGAGUACGGAAAUGCCCUCCAGGCUGCUUGUGCUAGAGGACACAACAAAAUUACACAGAUGCUGCUAGAGCGAGGGGCCGAUGUCAACGCCCAGGGUGGAGAGUACGGAAAUGCCCUUCAAGCUGCUCGUCGGGGAGGAUACCGCGAUAUAGAGAAACUUCUCCAGGGACAUCAGUUUGCUGAUCAGUCUACCUCCCAACCUCCCCCUUCCAAGAGGCUAAAGGUUUCACCAUGA